AUGACAGUCAUUUGUGCAUCUAUUCCCCUCUUGGGCUACGUUCUGCGUAAGCUCUUUCUUCUUCUUUCCUCCCCUCAUCUGGACAACGGCGCAGACUCCGACGACGAGGUGAUGGUGAACGACAAGCAAAAUGAUCUCGGAACUGCUUGCAAUGCGGCGGCCCAAAAGCAUUUUCGGCAGCUUCAGCAUAUUCGAGGGGCAUGA